UCAGAUUAAAACCAACUUAUAACAGACAGAUACGGGAAAUACAAGCUUGUUUGUUUUCUCCAGAAGAAGAAGAAGAAGAAGAGAGAAAAAUGAAGGUGGAAGAGAUGAAGAUUUUAAGUAAUAGUGUUGAAGUAUCAGCUAUGAAUUUCUCAUAUGAAGGUCAAAUUCCAAUAUUUGCCAAUUUCAGUCUUAAAAUUACUCCUGGUUCUCGUUGUCUUCUUGUCGGUGCCAACGGAUCUGGGAAAACUACAUUGUUGAAGAUAUUAGGGGGUAAACAUAUGGUUGGAGGAAAAGAUGUGGUUAGGGUUUUAAACAGCUCUGCAUUUCAUGACACUCAGCUUGUAUGUAGUGGUAACUUAUCUUACCUUGGAGGCUCUUGGAGUAAAACAAUAGGAUGUGCUGGGGAGAUUCCACUCCAAGGAGAUUUUUCUGCCAAGCACAUGAUAUUUGGAGUCGAAGGCGUUGACCCUGUUAGAAGAGAGAAGUUAAUAGAUCUGCUUGACAUCGAUCUGCAGUGGAGAAUGCAUAAAGUAUCAGAUGGGCAACGGCGUCGAGUUCAAAUUUGUAUGGGUCUUCUCCAUCCGUUCCAGGUACUGUUGCUAGAUGAAGUUACUGUUGAUCUAGAUGUUGUUGCAAGGUUGGAUCUACUUGACUUUUUCAAGGAAGAGUGUGAAGAGAGAGGAGCAACGAUUGUAUAUGCAACACAUAUCUUUGAUGGAUUAGAGACAUGGGCAACAGAUUUGGCAUACAUUCAGGACGGCGAGUUGAGGAAAUCAGAGAAGCUUUCUGGCCUUCAAGAACUGAAAACUGCAACCAAUUUGCUUUCCGUGGUUGAGUCUUGGCUUCGCGCUGAAACCAAGCGUGAAAGCAAGAAAUUAAUGGCUUCUGUUUCCAGUAUUAGGAAGGCCUCUCCUUUCGAUAACUCUCCUUUCAGAUCGUCAAGGCACAUGGCUUACUACCGCUAAUCUCUUCUUUAUUACCCCUAUAGUCAAACUCCGUUGAGCCUAGAUCGAGAUUGUUCUAUUCGUUCUGGCGGAAUUUCACACUGCAAGGUUGCAGUAUCAAGAAGCUCAAACUAUCUGGCAUGCAGAGUUCAAAUAAACAUAUUGUUGUUGAAGUAAACCAUCAAGUUAUCAACUUGAUUACUAUCUUUUUAGGCAUUACUUUGUGUAGAUGUAGUUUGCCAGAAGAUUUGGGUGAACAUGAUCAUUAGUAGUUACCACAAGAAUGUGUUUGAGCUGAUAUAUUACUCAUUUAUACAGUCUUAUAUUGUAAAAGUAGUUGUGAUUUGUCUGUUAAACAUUAAUAUCAUCAUAGAAGGUGAGCAAUCAUUAUGUUUUUUCAAUAAAAAUGCAAGUUUAAAUUACU